CCAUAAUCCACACAUAACCCCUUAGCGUUCAAACCCAUAUAACCGACGUGGACAUCAUCAUUGCCAUCAUUUAAGAUAGCAUUCCCUAUCAUUGCAUUUCAGUCCACCCCUUCUCCGCAACGCAAUUCCACGACCAUGUCUCUCAAGCGCAAGGCAUCAUUCCCGACUAUUGCCUCCCCCGAUGCCGACUCAUUCAUGAUGGAGCGGUUGACAAUGGAUGAUUCUCCGAAACAUCUGAGUAGUCGCACCCGAAAGCGUUUCAGGGACGAUCGCCCGGAAGACAAAGUGGUAUACGAGAAUACCCUCCGCUGGCUCUUCACUGCUCAGCAGCAACAAGAACCCACGGCGGCUCCCUCCGCAGACGAGAACAUGGAGCUAGAGGCACCCCCCUCGUCAGAGAUUGUCGAUCCACGCCAACAAACCCUCCACAAGUUCUUUCAGCCCUCUCAAACGUCGUCAUUCCAGCCUCGCGCGAACCAUCUCAACCACCACCCCCACGCCAACUCCCCAUCCACGGACAUCUUCCCGCAACGCCCAGAUUACGAUAUGGUUUCAACCGUCACCUCGCUCAGUCGCGACACAAGCAGUCCAUCUUCCCACGGUGCCGGCGCCGGAAUGGACAUGGACACGGACUCCGGUCGCGAUGAACCCGGUCAAGAUAUCAGGAAAUGGAUGGGCGGGUGGAUGCCAUAGUCAUUCGAACUUUUAAUGCCAUGGUUUCUGCCGUGAUAUUUCUGCUUGUUACGGAUAUAACAUCCUGCCAACCAUUGCUGGUCAUGUUGGCAUCAUACCCUAUUUGUGUUUAAGAUCAGACGACUAUUUGGGCAGAUAUUUGCAUGGCACUGU